AUGGAGUCUAUCUUAUAUGUAGGUGAAUUGGAGAUGAAAGUAGAGCAAAAAGGAUACUUAAACAUUGAAAGCGUGCUCAAGAACAGUGAAAAGGAGAAAGCUGGCGAAGCCAGGCCUAUAGCAGGCUUUAUACCUGGCGACGCCAGGCCUUUAGCUUGCGUUGGAGCUGGCGACGCCAGGCCUAGGGCGAGCUCAACGUGGCAUGAAACGGAGAAAGAUGGCGAAGCCAGGCCUAUAGCAGGCUUUAUACCUGGCGAAGCCAGGCCUAUAGCAGGAUUUAUACCUAGCGGCGCCAGGCCUUUAGCUCGCGUUGGAGCUGGCGACGCCAGGCCUGGGGCGAGCUCAAGCUGGCGCGUGCUCGAGAACAAUGAAACGGAGAAAGUUGGCGAAGCCAGGCCUAUAGCAGGCUUUAUACUUGGUGAAGCUAGGCCUAUUGCAGGCUUUAUACAUGGCGAUGCCAGGCCUUCAGCUCGCGUUGGAGCUAGCAACGCCAGGCCUGGGGCGAGCUCAAGCUGGCGUUAA